AGUUCUUCUGAAUUAAUCUGGAGCUGAGUAUCACUAUCGCAAUCACCCAUUUACCCUCUCGGAUACAGAGCAUGAAGUUAAACGCAAAUGUUCAUUGCAGCAAUCAGUUUUCAUUCAAACUACAGACUGACAACGUAACUCCCAAUUACCUGCUUCAAUAUAUAUUCCAAAUUUGUACAAACAAUGUUAGGAGAGAUAAACAUGUGAACUCAGCCUUUUAAGUCUGUAGAAACUUCUAACAUAAAGGAAGCAGUAUUCUUAUUUCUUCUUCUUCUUUGGCUAUCCUUUGGGAUUGAGGAUCACUUACUUCCACUCCAGUUCUAUUGGUUCUGAGAUGACUGAUGAGGCCAAUGUGGAACUUGCAGAUUCUAUCACAGAUGAGGCAGGGAUGGGCUUACAGUAUGGAUGGGUGGGUAGUUUGUGAGGUGGUGUGCUCCUGGUCGUUUUAUUUAAGAUAACUUGUUAUUAUGUUAGAAGCAGUUCAGAGAAGUUUUAGUGGACUAAUACUUGGAGUGAUUGGAUUAUGUUAUUAAGAAAGAUUGGACAAGUUAGGCUUGUAGCUGCUCGAAUUUAUUAAAGAGACACAAAAGAUCCUGAAAGAUUUUGACAAGAUGGAUGUGGAGAGGGUAUUUCCAAGUAUCAGGAAUCUAGAACUGAGGACCAGGAUUUUUUCUUGGUUCUGAAGUGGAGUCAACAUAGGUUAGACAUUUUCCCACAGUUCUAUCGAGUAGUUCCACUUCAGCAGGAAGUUGUUAGGGAUGGGGCGCAGCAAGAAGAGAGACUGUAAAGAGCAUCAGGGCAAUGAUGCAGCUUUGUUUGAUAAUAGUCUACCCGAAAUUGGCUCUGUCGUGGACCUGUUGUUGGUAUCACACCCUGCAAGCAUUGUGAGGCAGCUGCCUGCAGUUUUCGUUAAGAAUCAUCGAGAUACACAACACCCGACCCUUUAUUUAUUACCAUCCAGCCACCUCGACGUCAAUUCCACUUCAAGGUUAACUGAAUCACUCAGUACACGUUGAAUUACCGACUCCUACUAAAAGUUUAAUUCACAAUCACCAAAUUUGCAUUGGUGCCCAGGCGCACAUGCGCACAACUCUCCCCCGACCAUCAGCUUGCACGCAUGCGCCACCUGGCCACCCGGUCCGUCCUGUUUCACCAUCCCCCGCCGCGCUGUGUCGCCGCCAUCUUCCUCCGGGUUGAGUGUUGGAGAAGGUUUCGGGUGAAGGGUUUUGAAACCGAAGCGCUCUUCGUGCUGUUCCAGUCUCCGUCCUACCUGCAGCAGUCCUGAGCGCACACCCUGAGGCGUUUAUAAUUUGAUGAAGCGCGCUUUCCUCGACGCGUUCAACCCUUUCCGUUGCCCCAACGACUGGCGGAGAUGCGCCAGUCAAAAUGUGAUUUCAUUUGGGAUGAAAAUGAGGAAUUAACUGUCUGCUCGCAGCUCUAUUUCGCCGUCUGUCGGCAUUGAUGCCGCAGGACUGACGGCGGCCGGUAGCAGUGCCUGGCUUUUGGCUGACUGCGGCUCUGCAUUUAUUUAUCCGCAGCUGCCGGGGCAGCGAGCGGGGCCGGUGUCCAUUGCUGCAAGCUGAAGCCCACCGCCCGCCGUUAUGGGGAACCAGCUGGCGGGCAUCGCGCCCUCCCAGAUCCUGUCCGUCGACAGUUACUUCUCCGACAUCCACGAGUUCGAGUACGACAAGAGCCUGGGCAGCACCCGCUUCUUCAAGGUGGCCCGGGCCAAGCACCGCGAGGGGCUGGUGGUGGUCAAAGUGUUCGCCGUGCAGGACCCGUCGUUGCCGCUCACCGCCUACAAGCAGGAGCUGGAUGAGCUGCGCCACAAGCUGCUCGGGGCCCCCAACUGCGUGCCCUUCCAGAGGGCCAGUUUCACCGAGAAAGCCGCCAUGCUCUUCCGGCAGUACGUCCGGGACAACCUGUACGACCGCAUCAGCACCCGUCCCUUUCUCAACAACAUCGAGAAGAAGUGGAUUGCCUUCCAGCUCCUCAAUGCGGUGGAGCAGGCUCACCGGGCCGGCGUUCGCCACGGGGACAUCAAGACGGAAAACGUUAUGGUCACCAGCUGGAACUGGGUGCUGCUCACCGACUUUGCCAGCUUCAAGCCCACCUACCUGCCCGAGGACAACCCGGCAGACUUCAAUUAUUUCUUCGACACCUCCCGGAGGAGGACUUGCUAUAUUGCCCCAGAGCGCUUUGUGGACGGGACGAUGUUCAGCACGGAGCUGGAAGCUGCGAGGGAUUCAACUACCCCACUAGUGGAUCUGACUCCCAACAGUCAGAGGAUGAGGGGAGAACUCAAACCGGCCAUGGAUGUAUUCUCUGCAGGGUGUGUUAUUGCAGAGCUCUUCACAGAAGGAGUGCCAAUGUUUGAUCUAUCCCAAUUGCUGGCUUACAGAAAUGGCCAUUUUUCCCAUGAACAGGUGUUGAAUAAGAUUGAGGAUAUUAGCAUAAGAGGUCUGGUCAGUCAGAUGAUUCAGCGUGACCCUGAGAAACGUCUAACUGCGGAAGAACAUCUUAAACAACAGAGGGGAAGAGCUUUCCCAGAGCUGUUUUACACUUUUCUGCAACCUUAUAUGGCACAAUUUGCAAAAGAGACUUUCCAAUCUGCUGAUGAACGUAUCUUGGUAAUAAGGAAAGAUUUGGAAAAUAUUCUACAAAAUGUUUGUGGAGAAGACCAGACAGAGAAAAGUGAUGGAGAAACAAAAGAGUAUGGUUUGGUUAUUUUGGUGUCUGUUAUCACUUCUUGCUUGCAGACACUCCAGUUCUGUGAUUCUAAAUUAGCUGCUUUGGAACUAAUUCUCCAUUUGGCAACGAGACUAAGUGGAGAGAUCUUGCUUGAUCGUAUAACACCUUAUCUCUUGCAUUUUGCCAAUGAUUCUGUACCAAGAGUGCGAGCUGAAGCAGUCAGAACACUGACAAAAGUACUAGCCCUUGUCAAAGAGGUGCCACGUAAUGAUGUCAAUAUUUACCCUGAGUACAUUUUACCAGGUAUUGCACACUUGGCUCAGGAUGAAGCAACUCUUGUCAGAUUAGCAUAUGCAGAAAACAUAGCACUUUUGGCAGAGACAGCUCUCCGUUUUUUAGAAAUAGUCCAAUUAAAUAAUUUAAAUGUGGAAGGUGAGCUAAAUGGUGAGGAAACAGAAGAAAUACUACAUCCCAAUGAAAACUAUGACUCUGAAUUACAAGCUCUUCAUGAGAUGGUUCAGCAAAAAGUAGUGACGCUGCUUAGUGACCCAGAAAAUAUUGUGAAGCAGACCUUAAUGGAGAAUGGUAUUACUCGACUUUGUGUGUUCUUUGGCCGGCAAAAGGCUAAUGAUGUCCUCUUGUCACACAUGAUUACCUUUUUGAACGAUAAAAAUGAUUGGCAUCUUCGAGGUGCCUUCUUUGAUAGUAUUGUUGGUGUAGCAGCUUAUGUUGGAUGGCAGAGCUCAUCAAUUCUCAAACCUCUUCUACAACAAGGACUCAGUGAUGCUGAGGAGUUUGUGAUCUAUAAAGCCCUCAAUGCAAUGACUUGCAUGUGUCAGCUGGGACUUCUGCAAAAACCUCAUAUCUAUGAGUUUGCUAACGAUAUUGCACCUUUUUUGUGUCACCCAAAUCUCUGGAUCCGUUAUGGAGCUGUGGGAUUCAUAACAGUGGUAGCACAGCAUCUGAAUAUUGCUGAUGUCUAUUGCAAACUGAUGCCAUUUCUCAAUCCAUUCAUCUCCCAACCAAUAAUACAGAUAGACAAGGAAAUUGUGUUGCUGAGUGUGCUCAAGGAGCCUGUCAACCGUUCCAUAUUUGAUUAUGUAUUGCGAUCAAAGGACAUAAUAAAUCUCUACAAGCAUUUGCACUUGCGCCAGAAAAUACGAAACGGACAUCUGCUGGAAUGCCCAAUCCCUGAGGACCCAAUCAUUGCCCAGUUGUUAAAGAAAUUGCUUUCUCAGGGCAUGAGUGAAGCAGAUGAAGACAAACUACUAGCUCUGAAGGAUUUCAUGCUGAAGUCAAACAAGGCCAAAGCCAAUGUGGUGGAUCAAAGCCACAUGAGUGAUAGUGGUCAGAGUGGCGUGAUUGAUCUGGCUGCAUUAGGAAUUCCUAGAAGGCACAUUGAUCUUGUGAAGACAAAACAAGAAAGUGAUGAUAAACGAGCAAGAAGACAUGUUAAACAAGACUCAAGUUUAAAUGAAGAAUGGAAGAGCAUGUUUGGCUCUCUUGAACCUCCAAAUGUUGUGCAGCCUAAAGUUAUUGCAGCCCCUGGAGAGCAGGAAAAUACUACUGGGAAAAAUCUCAGAUCGGAAUCUUCACCAGGAAUGGUGAUCACUACCAACUCCACUUUGCAACAGGUGUCUGAAGGAACUAUGGUCCCAACGAGGAAAUCAGCUGCUUCUUUACCAGUUCCACUAAGUGGAAAUGUUCCAUUGUUGCCCUCUACAUACCAGAGACGUAUUACCACAUGUGUCACUGAGCUUCAACACCUGAUUCAGCAGAAGCGAGAGCAAUGCAAUGCUGAACGAAUGGCAAAACAGCUAAUGGAAAGUGCUGAAUGGGAGAGCAAAUCUCCACCACCAGGCUGGCAUCCCAAAGGGCUUCUGGUUGCACAUCUCCAUGAACAUAAAUCAGCAGUGAACAGGAUCCGGGUGUCUGAUGAACAUUCAAUUUUUGCUACCUGCUCAAAUGAUGGGACUGUGAAGAUUUGGGACAGUCAGAAGAUGGAGGGAAAGACCACAACCACAAGAUCAAUUUUGACAUACUCUCGAAUAGGAGGAAAAAUCAAAACUUUAGCAUUCUGCCAGGGCUCCCAUUAUCUGGCAGUUGCUUCUGACAAUGGUACUGUCCAGCUCCUAGGAAUUGAGGCUAGUAAACCUCCAAAAUCUCCAAAAAUACAUCCCCUCCAGAGCAGAAUUUUGGACCAGAAGGAAGAUGGCUGCGUGGUAGAUAUUCAUCAUUUUAAUGCAGGUGCUCAAUCCAUUUUAGCAUAUGCAACUGUAAAUGGUUCUUUAGUUGGCUGGGACUUGAGGUCGUCAACAAAUGCCUGGACAUUAAAGCAUGAUUUGAGACUUGGGCUCAUAACUUCAUUUGCUGUAGAUAUACAUCAAUGCUGGCUGUGUAUAGGGACAAGUAAUGGAACCAUGGCUUGUUGGGACAUGAGAUUUCAGCUUCCCAUUUCAAGUCAUUGUCAUCCAGCAAGAGCUCGCAUUCGGCAGCUACUAAUGCACCCCCUCUGCCAGUCCUGGGUCAUUGCAGCUGUGCAAGGAAAUAAUGAAGUUUCAAUGUGGGACAUGGAAACUGGAGACCGGCGAUUCACCCUAUGGGCCAGCAGUGCUCCACCUCUCUCUGAAAUGCAGCCUUCAGCACAUAGUGUUCAUGGAAUCUACUGCAGUCCAGCAGAUGGAAAUCCUCUGUUGCUCACAGCUGGGUCAGACAUGAGAAUAAGGUUCUGGGAUCUGGCAUAUCCUGAGAGAUCGUAUAUUGUAGCAGGAGGUGCAAAUGAUGCUCUGCAUUGUCCAUCUGUCUCGUACUACAGAAAGAUAAUUGAAGGAACUGAGGUUGUGCAGGAAAUUCACAGCAAGCAGAAGGUUGGGUCAUCAGAAGAUGUGCCUCGCAGAGGUCCUGAAUCUCUCCCAGUUGGGCACCACGAUAUUAUCACCGAUCUUGCUGCUUUCCAAACCACUCAGGGUUUUAUUGUAACUGCUUCACGAGAUGGGAUUGUCAAAGUAUGGAAGUAGAAGUGGCAGAUGUACUUAAGAGGAUCAACUAAAAUACAAUUUUAAAGAAACUGUUGCAUUAAUACAUUUGUUUACAGUAUCAUGGUUAAAAAAUGAUACAGAAAUGAUUGGUUCAUGAAAAUAAAAGCCUAAUAUGUUUAAUGUUCUUAGGUUUAUGAUAAAGAGCAUGUUCACAUUUUCAAAUAAUUCAGCUUUGACUUCCUAAUGACAAUGGAACUCCAGGAAAUGAGUUUGCAUAUAUCACUUCACUAUCCAGAGUACAUGACUAAUAGCUGUUUAUAAGCUUGGGAUAUAUUCUCUCCCUUCUGCCUGUGUGUAAAGAAUUCCUACUCGGUGUUUGAACUUUGUUAAUACAAAAAUGUGUAUAAUGCUUUUAAAGUCAUAAUUGUGACAAUUCCAGAUAAUUUCAUUGUGAAUUAUUCAGGAGCACUUUGGAAUUUAAAAGAGAAUAUAACUUUAAAUUAAUAUUUUUUUGGGCACCUUCAGAUGGAUGAUAUGUCUGUUGUGAAUUUCUUCAUUUGGCAGUAUGGUUUUGUGUGGGAGGCCUUUUGGCAACAGGUAUGCUCAGAAUAAUUAAAAGUAAACUCUUCAAUGGAUGCAGUAUUUUGCUUUCCAGUUGUUUUUCAAGAUUGUUGACCACAGUGAAAUCCAAGUUUGAUAAUGCUGAGACCCCACCAUAUGGACAUCAAACGGGAACAUGCAGGGCUUUUCUACAGAGAUUUUCAUUAGUUUUCAAAUGAGUGGAUGCAAGUAGUCAACAGAUAACUAAAAUUGAUUGUUUACAGUUUACUAGAAUGUUUUCCAAGGAGGUGACCUGUUUUAGAAAUUCCUCCAGUUUGUCUGAAGGUAAUUGACAUCAGUUCAAAAAACCACAGCAAGGACAAAAAUCACCUUUACCAAAAUGUGCAUUUUUUUUCUUUUUGUUUUGAGACUUUUUGGUAGUUUUGGCAGAAAUGUAAAAAUACAGGCCUCGAGUGCAAAAAGUACGAAAGCAUAUAGUGAUCAGUGAACUAAAUUCCUUUAAUAUUUAAACUGCUCUUCUAAAACCUUUUAAGGAUGUAAGAGCUGUAUUUGGAGUACAAUAUCAAGAUUUGUUAGGGUCAGUUGGUUUGUUCGUCUAUCUCCUUAUUUGGUAAAGAUAUAAAAAUGUUGCAAACACUGAAAAUAUUUCCUUUUGAUUAGAAUUAUUUAGCCUUUCAGCUUCUAGAAUUCUGAUUAUAUUCAAAGUAAAACAACUUUGUCAGCCUGCUGGCAUGAAUUAUGCUUCUUUUGUCAAGCAAGCAAAAUACACAAAGAAUAAUUUAAGUUGCUGUCUGUUGUUUUCCUAUUGCUCAACUGGUUACAGCAUGAAAGUAUGUGCUGCAUAGAAGACUGCAUUUGGGUUGCAAAUGUUAUGAUGGAACUGUACGGUACACUGGUACCCCACUUGGCACCACCCUGUAGAAUGCUGAUCCAUUAUUGCACUCUUGGCCUGGAGAAAGAAAGUAUUUUUACUAAGCAAAAAUUUAAAUAAAAUGUUUUAAAACUUACAAGCUUGCUGAAUGCACAUUGUGUCAAUGGCAUUUUGACUGCAGCUUUUAGGUCUGACUUAAUUAGCAGUCUUAUUCCCAUGAUUGUAUCCUGAGUGCCAUUUGAGGUACUAAUGCAAUCUCAAAUUAGAAAAUGGUAGCGGUAGCCAGGACAGAGUAGAAGUAAUGGCAGAAGAAUGAGUUGUCGAGAGCCUCUGAGUCUCAGCCAGCUAUGAGGAUUGGCACAUGUUAAACAAAUGGAGGCUAGUACGUUGCUCCAGAGAUUGCAAUGAAUAAAAGUGUGAAUAGCGUUGAAAGAAAAAUAACAUUUUUAGACAAUUGUCUCAAUUUAAUUUGUUGUACUAAUUAUACAUUAAUGUGUGCACUAAUACAGCUAUUAAUUGGAAA